GACAGAUUGCUUCCCUGUGGAGCUGUAAGUACUGAUGUAUUAGGGUGCCACGCUCAUUGUUCCUUGACGCACAGAGUCCCAAAAUGAAUAUCCAAGAACAGGGUUUCCCUUUGGACCUUGGAACAAGUUUCACCGAAGAUGCCCCCCGGCCCCCGGUGCCUGGUGAGGAGGGUGAACUGGUGUCCACAGACCCCAGGCCCGUCAGCUACAGCUUCUGCUCCGGGAAAGGGGAGACUUCAGCGGCCACUCCGAGGCGCUCGGAUCUGGACCUGGGGUACGAGCCUGAGGGCAGCGCCUCGCCCACCCCGCCAUACUUGAAGUGGGCCGAGUCGCUGCACUCCUUACUGGACGACCAAGACGGGAUAAACCUGUUUCGGACUUUCCUGAAGCAGGAGGACUGUGCGGACCUGCUGGAUUUCUGGUUUGCCUGCAGCGGCUUCAGGAAGCUGGAGCCCUGCGACUCGAAUGAGGAGAAGAGGCUGAAGCUGGCCAAAGCGAUCUACCGCAAGUACAUCCUCGACAACACCGGCAUCGUGUCCCGGCAGACGAAGCCCGCGACCAAGAGCUUCAUAAAAGACUGCAUCAUGAAGCAGCUGAUUGACCCUGCCAUGUUUGACCAGGCCCAGACGGAGAUCCAGUCCACCAUGGAAGAGAACACCUACCCCUCUUUCCUCAAGUCCGAUAUUUAUUUGGAAUAUACGAGGACCGGCUCAGAGAGCCCAAAGCUCUGUAGUGACCAGAGCUCUGGGUCCGGGACAGGGAAGGGCGUACCUGGAUACCUGCCCACUCUGAACGAAGACGAGGAAUGGAAGUGUGACCAGGACCCAGACGAAGACAGUGGCAGAGACCCUGCUCCCCCUGGCAGGCUCACACAGAAGCUGCUCCUGGAGACAGCCGCCCCGCGGGCCUCCUCAAGUAGACGGUACAGCGAAGGCAGAGAAUUCAGGUGCGGGUCCUGGCGGGAGCCUGUCAACCCUUACUACGUCAGCUCUGGCCACGCUCUCGCCCCGGCCACCAGUGCCAACGACAGUGAGCAGCAGAGCCUGUCCAGCGACGCGGACAGCUUGUCCCUCACCGACAGCAGCGUGGAUGGCGUCCCGCCGUACAGGAUCCGCAGGCAGCACCGCCGGGAGAUGCAGGAGAGCGUCCAGGUCAACGGGCGGGUGCCUCUACCUCACAUCCCCCGCACUUAUCGAAUGCCAAAGGAGAUCCGUGUGGAGCCCCAGAAGUUCGCCGCGGAGCUCAUCCACCGCCUGGAGGCCGUGCAGCGGACACGGGAGGCGGAGGAGAAGCUGGAAGAGCGGCUGAAGCGCGUCCGGAUGGAGGAAGAAGGCGAGGAUGGGGACAUGCCCUCUGGCCCCCUGGGGGCCAGUCACAAGCUGCCUUUGGCCCCCGCCUGGCACCACUUCCCACCCCGCUACGCAGAUGUGGGCUGCAUGGGGCUCCGGGACGCGCACGAGGAGAACCCGGAGAGCAUCCUGGAUGAGCACGUGCAGCGGGUCAUGCGGACGCCCGGCUGUCAGUCACCGGGGCCCGGCCACCGCUCCCCUGACAGCGCGCAUGUGCCCAAGAUCGUGGGUGUGCUGGGGGGCGUGCCCUCUGGACAUGGGAAGCACGCGCCCAAGUCAGGGGCGAAGCUGGACACGGCCGGCCCGCACCUGCACCGGCACAGCCACCACCAUAGCCACCACAGCACGGCCAGGCCCAAGGAGCCGGCCGACGCCGAGGCUGCCCGCCGGGCGCAAGGCAGCUUCCUGUGGGGCCAAGAGGUGCACAGCCACGUGGCCAAGCCUCGCAGCCACUUGGAGAGCGUGGGCGCUGCCCCCAAUGCCAGCGACAGCCUGGCCUACAGCGGGAAGGCAGGCGCUGCCCCCAGAAGAAGUGCCAAGAAGGCUGAGUCAGGGAAGAGUGCGGGCGCAGAGGCGCCAGGCCCGUCAGAAGACACGGAGAAGAACCAGAAGAUUAUGCAGUGGAUCAUUGAGGGGGAGAAGGAGAUCAGCAGGCACCGCAAGGCUGGCCACGGGUCUUCCGGCGCCAAGAAGCAGCAGGCACACGAGAGCUCUAGGCCCUUGUCUGUGGAGCGUCCUGGGGCCGUGCACCCUUGGGUCAGCGCUCAGCUGCGGAACUCCGUCCAGCCCUCUCACCUCUUCAUUCAAGACCCCACCAUGCCACCCAACCCGGCCCCCAACCCUCUGACCCAGCUGGAGGAGGCCCGCAGGCGUCUGGAGGAGGAAGAGAAGAGAGCCAGCAAGUUACCCUCCAAGCAGAGGUAUGUGCAGGAGGUCAUCCAGCGGGGGCGCUCCUGCGUCAGGCCAGCGUGCACACCUGUGCUGAGCGUGGUGCCGGCCGUGUCCGACUUGGAGCUCUCCGAGACAGAGACGAAGUCCCAGAGAAAGGCGGGCAGUGGGAGUGCGCAGCCGUGUGACAGCAUCGUGGUGGCCUACUACUUCUGCGGGGAGCCCAUCCCCUACAGGACCCUGGUGCGGGGCCGCGCCGUCACCCUGGGCCAGUUCAAGGAGCUGCUCACCAAGAAAGGCAAUUACAGAUACUACUUCAAGAAAGUGAGCGAUGAGUUUGACUGUGGUGUAGUGUUCGAGGAGGUUCGGGAGGACGACACAGUGCUGCCCGUGUUUGAGGAGAAGAUCAUCGGCAAGGUGGAGAAGGUAGACUGACCUGCCAGUCUGGCCUCUGCGCUGGCUUGGGCCCAUGUCAGGCAGGGACCGGGCAUCACGGCGAGCGUCCGAGUGUCGUGCCGUGUCGUGUGCUUCCCGUGUGUGCAGACACACGGCCGCGGUCAAAGACCAGGUGCUGCUCGCCCCGCAGCUGGCCGGGGGUCCCUCGAGCGACCCCGCCCACUGCUCAGUGAUCCUUGGAGCGGCCGGUGGAGCAGGCCCACCACAGGGCGGCCUCUAGUGCCCCUGCAGCGGCGCCCGCUGCUCACUGCUCCUUGCUCCGGCGCUCGCACUGCAGGCUCUGCCCCCCGCUCUGGGAUGGUCCGACACACCCUGCCCCGGCCCGGCCUGGGCCUGGGGUGCCAGGGGCCCCGCGGGGGCCUCUGUCAACUGUACAUGUCACCGAGUGCCUUCAACACAGCUUGUCUCUUGCCUGCCACUGUGUGGAUCCGGCGACGGAGCCCCGUAGCGCUCGCCCUCCUCCACCCUUGUGUCCAGGGCGCCGGCUCAGCGGGUCCCGGGCCCCUCCCCUUGAAGGGCCCCUGUAAAUAUGUACAUUUCUCAGGCCAGGGCCAGUGGGGGGCUGCCCCAGCCCAUUUUUCAUGCGCUGACUUGUACAAUUAUCUUUUCAAAGGUACUUGGAUAAUAAUGAAAUAAAAUCAUUUUUGAACCUUC